AUGCCUUUCAGGCAGUUGGGAGCCUCUGGCCUCCGAGUCCCGCUGUUCUCCCUGGGCGGAUGGUUGACCCUGGGCGGUACGGUCAAGGGCGACCCGGUCAAAGAUAUCAUGAAAGUCGCGUUCGAAAACGGAAUUAACAUGUUCGAUACCGCGGAGGGCUACGCCGCCGGCCAGUCCGAAAUUGAGAUGGGGCGCGUGAUCAAGGAGCUCGGAUGGAAACGCUCGGACCUCAUAAUCACCACGAAGAUCUUCUUUGGUACCGCCCAGGGUCCCAACGACAAGGGCCUGUCCAGAAAACACAUCAUCGAAGGCACGAAGGCGUCGUUGGAACGUCUUCAGCUGGACUACGUUGAUGUCAUCUUUGCGCACCGCCCGGACAACACUGUCCCAAUGGAAGAAAUCGUACGGGCGUUCAAUUGGGUGAUUAAUCAAGGCUGGGCGUUCUACUGGGCGACCUCCGAAUGGAGUGCCAUGGAGAUUGAGGAAGCUUACCAUGUCGCUGACAAGUACGGCCUCAUUGCACCGAUUGCGGAGCAGUGCCAACACCACAUGCUUCAUCGCGAGCGGCCCGAAAAGGAGUAUGCUCCUCUCUACAAGAAGUACAACAUCGGUACUACAGUAUGGAGUGCUCUUGCAAGCGGUGUGCUAACCGGAAAGUACAACGACGGAAUUCCGGAGGGAUCCCGCUUCGCUACGCACGCCGACUUCUUCAAGCAAACCCUGGACUCGUUCAAUGCCGAAGAGGGUCGAGCUAAAAUUGAAAAGGUUAAGAAGUUGACGGCUUUGGCGGAAAACGAGCUCAACUGCAAGGUUGCGCACCUGGCCCUCGCCUGGGUCGCCAUAAAUCCAAACACGUCGACUGUCAUUUUGGGCGCUACCAAGCCCGAGCAGGUCCUGGACAACCUCAAGGCCCUGGACGUGCUGCCCAAGUUAACUCCGGAGGUCCUGGAUAAGAUCGACGCUAUCCUGGAGAAUAAGCCAACCCCUGUUAUUCCGACAGGCCGUCCAGCUCUUGAUAAGUUUGGCAGGUCGUGA